AAAUAGGAUCGGAAGGAUUGUAAGACUCGCAGUCGCUUUGCAUUAAGGCCCCCAAUUCCCUGAUCGCUCACCAUGAUUACUUACACGGCCAUUUCUCCGUGAUGCCUUCGCGUCUAGGGCGAAUAGAGUCCUGGGUCAGGUUCCCACCGGUGCCCUUCUGCGGCUGCCAAGCCAUGCAAGCGAACAACGACGCCACGAGGCGCGAAUCGGAUGCAUUGGCAUGCACCGAUCGACGAGUAUUCGCAUCAGGGACUUCGGAGUACGAAGCCGGAGUGAUACCUGCGAAUCCUACAAUCAGAAAUUGGACUGCGACCAACCUCCAGUUGAAACGGAGAGCAAAGAAACUAUUGAUGGUGUUAUUGAUACGCCAGAACUCUCGGCCCUGCAAUCCGUCGGUCUAUAGGGACUUGGAACAUCUUCGCCAUUCUUUGCGAUCCAUCACACGCAGAGGUAACAGACAGCUGGGAAUCCGGUCCUGCCCUAGCUCACUCUGUACAACCUUAUCGAUGACGCAGGCUCAUUUCCAAGCUCAAUCUCAUCCGUGGUUAUUGCGAAGUGUGCGGCUGACGUUUUUUGGCUGAGAUUUGGAUUCAUAACUAUCGGCGGAGUACAGCCUACAAUCUAUAUACAGUAUUGCAUGCUUGCUUCUGUUUCAAUUCCUC